GCUAUUUACUUUGAGGAAUCUUCUAUCAAGUUCAUAGACUUGAGUCACUCGAGCGAUAAUCGGCUAGCGCUUUAUGAUCAUUGCCUAUCAUCCUUUCAACAUUAUUCAUUGGUUCUCCCCUAAUGGCCUCUGAUACGCUAUCACUGAAGAUCGAGUUCGGCGGAGGGCUCGAGUUACUUUUUUCCAAUAUACGCUCACACAAAAUAACUCUUCCACAUCUCGUUCCAAUUGAUAACUCGAUGGAUGGCACAAGCCAUGUACCCUCUUCAUCUACUCCUCCCUCCGCUACCGAUGGGGACAAACCAAUCAAGACGAAGCCGGCUGAUGUGACAUACUUAAUGCACUAUCUACGCGAUAAUCUCCUCAAAGAAAGGGCCGAACUUUUCAUGGAGAAUGGGACAGUUCGUCCAGGAAUCCUCGUCUUAAUAAACGACACCGAUUGGGAGUUGGAAGGCGAAGGAGAAUACGAGCUGAAGGAUGGAGAUGAAAUUGUUUUCAUUUCAACUUUACAUGGAGGUUGAGCGCUGAGCUUUCAUGAAGUGAUACGAUGAAGACGGCGAUCGAUGGAUAAUCUACCUUGGGGUGCAGAACUGUAUUGGACAUCCAUAGGUGCAGCAAAUUUUACCAUCUAGAGACGGGCAGCAGGAUACUAUCCAUGUCGUGGGUUCCAAAGAACGUCCCUGGAUGGAAAAAAAUGGUCGAUGAGGGAAGGACUAUGUCACCACGGCUAGAAGAGUACCAUGAUGGUCCUGUGGAACAUAGCCCCCUCGACCCCAUCUCAAAAUAUUCUGAUGGUAUACUAUAUUAGAAGUGUAUGAUAUACUCUAUAGAAAUCAGAAGUGGAACAAAAAUAUAUUUUAGCUGCGUCGAUAAUGCAA